AUGGAUGUACCAGUACAAUCAUACUCCUCAAAGGGUUAAAAGUCUAUUAUCUUACUUCAAUUCCUGAUUGAUGAUUUUGGUAUAUGUAUGCAACCUGACAGGUUUUUUGUUUUUACUUUGAAAUAGAGGUGAAAUUGAAACCUAGCAAAAAGUACAAGGAUGGAAGAUGAAUUAUGCCAGCACUCCCAGCACCACUUGUGGUUUUUACAGUCCAGGGUGACUGUCAUAAGGGGAACAAAAAUGAUUGAACCCUACCCAACACAAAAGGGGGGAUUCAUGAAUAGGAAGAAAGGCUGGAAAUAACUUCCUUUCUGGGAGAUGCUACUGAUCAAGAAAAUUCCUAUUCAGGGAUGAAUGGUGAUCAGUUUUCUUUACUGAAGCAUAAAGUUCUUUCAUACUUAUAGACACAACGGAGGAGGAGACUGUGGAUCGACAGAAUCUAGAGCGGGCUGGUAUUCUUUCAGAAAAGGUGUCUCGGUUGAAGUCUUUGGCAUUAGACAUAGAAGGAGAAACAAAGGGACACAAUCAUCUCCUGGAUGGCUUGGAAGAUGACUUUGAAGGCACUACUGGGCUCUUGAGUGGUAGCCUCAAUCGAGUGCAUGCACUCUUGGGAACAGGAAGGAAUAAUCGACGUCUCAUGUGCUAUGUUUCCUCAUUUAUUAUUGUCUUCCUCCUGUUUAUUUAUUUCCUCAUGUCUAAGGCAACAUCCCCCAAUGGCUGAAUUGGUGUGUGAUAUAUAGCAAAUAUAUACUGGUGCCUUUCAAGCUGGAGUCAUACCAACAUUUGGGCCUGGAUAUUGGGAAUGGCACAUGGGUUGAGGUUUCUUAUCUUUAUUACAAACAAGACAAUAAAAAACUAUGUUGAUGCA